AUGGAUGCCGAAAAGGUCGACCGUAUCACUGUGCACGCCGAGGGUGCACUGGACGAGCAACUUGGCCAUCUCGCCAACCAAGAAGACCAUGAGACCAGCAAGUUGCAAGCCAUCAAGCGGAAUCCUUGGGCUUGUGCCUGGUGUGUCUUUGCUGUGUGGACGGUCCUCCUGGUCAGCUUUGAGAACCAAGCCUCCGGAAACGUCCUGGGAAUCCCUCAGUUUCGCAAGGACUUUGGCUACUUCUACAAGGGCGACUACGUCCUGUCCACCAAAUGGCAGUCUGCCUUUGGGGGUGCGCCUGUUGCAUCCCAGGUCAUUGGAGCCUUGUUCUGCGGCCAGAUUGCCGAUUAUAUCGGCAGGAAAAAUACCUUGAUAGGUGCUCUGGCUGUUUCAUUUGCGGCCAUCACGAUGGAGAUGGUCGCCGUCACGAACGAAGUCUUCUUUGGUGCCAAAUUCCUGAACGGAUUUGCUGUCGGAACGAUCCAGGCAGUAUCAGGAACCUAUAUCGGUGAAAUCGUUCCUCUCGCUUUACGUGGGCUCACUACUUGUCUCAUCGCCCUCGCUUAUACCGUGGGCCCGUUCACUGUCGCCCUCAUCGUCAAUUCCACAGGCGACUUCACGAAUCGCUGGGCUUAUCGAUCAGUAUUUUGCUCUCAGUAUGGGUUCGCAGGGAUUGCGGCGCUUUUUGUCUGGUUCAUGCCAGAAUCUCCUUGGUGGCUUGUCACCAGAGGUCGAGAUGAGAAAGCCAUAAAGAGUCUUCACCGCCUGGGAUAUCCGGCCCAGAAUGGUGAAGAUGCCAAACGUCUCGCCAACAUUAAGGUCACACUGGAAGAAAUUCGCCGCGAGACCGAGGGAGUAACAUACCUGGAAUGCUUCCGAAAAUCUAACUUUCGCCGCACCAUUGUCGCCAUCUCGCCUCUCAUCGUCCAGCAGUUCACUGGCAUUGUCUUCGCCGCAUCGUACUCGACCUAUUAUGCCGAGCUUGCUGGGUUCAGCACGAAGAUGGCUUUCAAGCUGCAAAUCGCGCAGCAAGUUUUGUCAAUGUUUGGGAACGUGAUUUCGUGGUAUCUCAUCGACGUGGCCGGCCGCCGAGCCCUGACCGUGUGGGGUACCGUGGGCCUAACUGUCAUUCUCUGGAUCAUGGGUGGCCUCGCCGUCGCGGGCUCUCCGGGGGACUUGAAGGGCACUGUGGCCAUGAUCCUUCUCUACUGCUGGUUCUACAACGUUACCAUUGGCGCCACUGCAUUUGUCUGCCUGACGGAAACGGCUACUGCGAGGCUUCGUGUCAAGACCAUUGCGAUCGGUCUGGGGUUGCAGAAUUCCAUCUCCGUCAUGUGGAGCUUUGUCCUACCCUACCUCUUCAACCCGGACAAGGCGAACCUGGGCGGGAAACUUGGCUUCGUCUUCGGCGGUCUCUCGUUCAUCUGCAUUGGCUUCCUCUGGUGGUAUCAGCCCGAGACUAAAGGCCGUUCAUACGAGGAGCUUGACGAAAUGUUCAUGAAGAGGGUUCCUGCGCGAGAGUUUAGGAACUAUGUCACUGAGGCCGAGAGCAAAGGUCAGGCCGCCAAGAUGAGAGUCGAGGCUUCGUAGCUUUCGACGAUCAUGACGAGCUCAACAAGCAUGAUUAUCGACAGCUUUACACCAUCUUUGUGUGGAAACCCUUGACUAAUGGUGGAGAAGUCUUGUACGUGGGGAGAUUCGGCGGGGAUGAUGCAGUGUACCCGUGGGAAGUGAUGAUGGAAUGAUCACUUCACUCAGCCUGAAACGAGCACAGUACAUAUGUACAUAGCCCGCUGGGCGGUCCUGUAACCAUGACUUCCAGACGAGUUGGUUCAGCCUUCCUUUA